CAGGAAGCCCUACUAAAAAUACCCCGACGUCAGGCUAAAGAAAGGACCCGACUGAAGGCGGACAAAUUUUGGGAUUUCAUGUGUAUGUCAACGAGACUUCGGAAAAAUGUCGGGACAGAGGGGAAACAACUUGUUUUUAACGCAUGAACGUACACUGACGCUUUUCUCACUAGUUAUUGUUUUUAUCAGCUCCAUCAACUCUGUUUCUUUAGGCGUACAGACAGGGCAGGAGGCAGAGACUUACAACAAAUACUACAAUUAUGAGGAACUAACUAACCUUCUCAAAAGUCUUGCACAGAAAUACACAAACAUCGCAAAUUUGACCAGCAUUGGGAGAUCCGUUGAAGGCAGAGAGCUGUGGGUCAUGAGAAUCACCAAGGACCCCACUGCUGAUGUACCUGGAAAGCCCAAAUUCAAGUACGUGGGCAACAUGCACGGAGACGAGACCGUGUCCCGGCAGGUUCUCAUCUAUCUACUAGAGCACUUGCUGGCGGGGUACGGCGACGAUCCGCGGGUCACUGAGCUGGUCAACAGCACGGAUAUUUAUAUCAUGCCAAGUAUGAACCCUGAUGGAUUUGAGAGGUCUGUUGAGGGGGAUUGUGUGGGCAGAGAUGAGGGUCGCUAUAACGCCAAAAACAUUGACCUCAAUCGAAGUUUCCCGGAUCAGUUUGAAAAUAUACACGUGAAUGGAGAAGAUAUUCCUGAAGGCACUGCUGUCAUGAGGUGGAUACUGGAGAACAAAUUUGUGCUCUCUGGGAAUCUGCAUGGUGGUACUGUGGUGGCCAGUUAUCCCUAUGAUGACUCUGCAUCACAUGAUGUUGAAGGCACCUAUAGCAGGUCUCCCGAUGAUGCUCUAUUCAGAUACUUGGCACGGGUUUAUGCAGAGAAUAACCCUGUCAUGAAUACGGGGCAGCCGAAAUGUGAGGAAAGCUUAAGUGAGACCUUCAAGGAUGGCAUUACGAAUGGAGCAAAGUGGUAUGAUGUGCCAGGGGGAAUGCAGGAUUACAAUUACAUGAAGGGGAACUGUUUGGAAAUCACUAUGGAGCUCAGCUGCUGCAAGUACCCUCCCUCAUCACAACUAAAAACAGAAUGGGACAACAACCGGGAGGCCUUGCUUGCCUACAUGGAGAAGAUUCAUAUCGGAGUACGUGGCUUUGUCAAGGCAGCCAGGACUGGAUCCCCUCUUGCAGAUGCAGUGAUAAUGGUGGCAGGCAUUAAUCACAAUGUGAGCACUGCACGCUUUGGUGACUACUAUCGGCUGCUGCUGCCUGGCACCUACAACAUCACAGCCUUAGCCCCAGGCUACAUUCCAGUGUCUGUGGUUGGGGUGGAGGUGAAAGAGGGCAAAGCCACUGAACUGAACUUCACCCUUGCGGCCGAGACUGAUGAGAAUCCUUCCACCCCCUCAGUCCCAGAAUCCCCCACUGCCACCUCUGUGAACAGUGCGAGUGCAGACAGCAGCAGUACUGGUGUAAACGAUGACAGUCUGGGAGAAACAGACAAAGAGCAGAGUUCCAGGCUUUCGGUCCAGCCCCAGGACUUCCGCCAUCACCACAACAGCGACAUGGAGCUGUUCCUGCAGAAGUUCAGCUCUGAAUACAGCUCCAUCACACGGCUGUAUUCUAUCGGCAAGUCCGUGCAGGGGCGUCUCCUGUGGGUCUUGGAGAUCUCUGACAACCCUGGCAUCCAUGAGUUAGGUGAACCAGAGUUUAAGUAUAUUGGAAACAUGCACGGCAAUGAGGUGGUUGGUCGGGAGCUGCUUCUCAACCUCAUUGAGUACCUGUGCCGUAACUAUGGACGUGACCCUGAGGUCACCAAGCUUGUCAACUCCACUCGAAUCCACAUCAUGCCUUCUAUGAACCCGGAUGGUUAUGAAGUGGCCCAAGAAGGAGAUAUCAGUGGCAUCCAUGGGCGUAACAACUCUAACAAUUUUGACCUGAACCGCAACUUUCCUGACCGGUUCAGCCUAGUCACUGAUCCCAGACAGCCAGAGACCAUUGCAGUCAUGAACUGGGCAAAGAGCUACCCAUUUGUGCUGUCUGCCAACCUUCAUGGAGGAUCUUUGGUGGUGAACUAUCCAUUUGACGACAAUCUAGAGGAUGUUAUCAGAUACAGCAAGUCUACCGAUGAUGAUGUAUUCAGGAUGCUGGCUCUCGCUUAUUCUCAGGAAAACUCACAAAUGCAUGAUGGUUACCCCUGUAAGGAAAUGGAUCCAUACCAAGAGUAUUUUCAAGAUGGCAUCACCAAUGGUGCUGCAUGGUACAACGUUCAUGGGGGAAUGCAGGACUGGAAUUAUUUGAACACUAACUGCUUUGAGGUGACCAUUGAACUCGGCUGUUAUAAGUACCCACCAGCAGCAGACCUACCAAAGUACUGGGAGCAAAACCGUCAAUCACUUCUGCAGUUCAUCCAUCAGGUCCACCGUGGAGUGAAAGGAAUGGUGAUUGACAGCAAAGAUGGGUCUGGCAUCCCCAAUGCGACCAUCACCGUGGACACAAUCAAUCACCCCAUAACAUCAAACAUUGCAGGGGACUACUGGCGCUUACUCAAGUCAGGACCAUACCACCUGACUGCCUCUGCCCAAGGCUACACCUCAGUUAGUACCUAUGCCUUUGUGCCUGAAGAUGGAGUAGAGAUUGUUAAUUUCACACUGACCCGGAUUCACAGCAGCGUAAAUGGGCGGACGAUGGAAGAUGCCACCCCAAUACAGGAUCCCAAUGUGAAGGAGUUCCAGAGCCUCAUCAAGCAACUGUCAGGAGGAUCUGGUCUAGAUGAGCUGAUCAAGAACACUCCCACCCAGAGCAGCUUCCGCUACCGAAGAUACAGCGAAGUUUCAGAGUUCCUGCGUGGUCUCACCUUAAACUUCCCAGAGAUUACCUUACUUCACAGUCUUGGUCAGAGUGUGGAGUUUAGAACUAUCUGGGCUUUGGAGAUCUCCAACAACCCCAGAGUCCAAGAACCAUCUGAGCCCAAGAUCCGGUUUGUGGCAGGCAUCCAUGGCAAUGCCCCAGUGGGCACUGAGCUGCUUCUGGAGUUUGCUGCCAGUCUCUGCAUCAACUAUGGCAAGAAUGCAGCCAUCACCAGGCUAAUAAAUGAAACCAGAAUUGUUAUCCUGCCCAGCAUCAACCCAGAUGGGCGUGAACUGGCAAAAGAGAAUGACUGCGCCUCCACUGCUGGCAUGACCAAUGUGCACGGCAAAGACCUUGACAAUGAUUUCUUCCGUAAUGCAUCUCAGCCUGCAGUAGAGCCUCAACCUGAAACACAUGCUGUAAUGGACCUGAUACAGGAACGAGGUUUCACUCUCUCUGUGGCUCUGGAUGGAGGCUCUUUAUUGGUCACGUACCCAUAUGACAAACCAGUGCAAUCUGUUGAAAACGAGGAUACAUUGAGAUACUUGGCUACUGUGUAUGCCAGUCACCAUCCCACAAUGCACUUGGGCAAUACUGGAUGUCCAAACAGCAGCCCAGUGGGCAACAUUCCUGAUGGUGUACUCCGAGCAGCUGAGUGGCACAGUCACAUGGGCAGCAUGAAGGACUUCAGUGUGGACUUUGGUCAUUGUCCCGAAAUCACUGUCUACACCAGCUGCUGCCUGUUCCCAUCGGCUGAAAAGCUGCCCACGCUUUGGGCCGAGAACAGAAAGUCUCUGCUGAGCAUGCUGGUGGAGGUGCACAAAGGGAUUCGUGGAGUGGUCAAGGAUAAGAAUGGUAAGCCCAUUAUGGGCGCAAUGAUAGUGUUGAAUGGUGGUGUACGAGUCUUCACCAGUGAGGGAGGAUACUUCCAUGCGCUUCUGGCCCCAGGUUUACACAACAUUGAAGCAGUAGCUGAUGGCUACCAGCAACAGUCCCAGAAGGUGUCUGUGUCACCGUUUGAAGCAGCAAGUUCUAUAGUCAUUGAGUUCGACAUGGAGAACGAUAUAUUUGGCCUUCCAAGAGAAUUAGUAGUGGCAAGUGCAGCUGCAGCAAUGACUGCCCUGGUAGUCACAGCUUGCAUUAUCUGGUGCGUUUGCUCAGCCAAGUCAAACAGACAAAAGGAUGGAUUUCAUCGGCUGCGACAGCAUGGAGACGACUACGACGAUGAGAUCCGUCUCACAUCUAUGGGCUCCAAAAAGUCUCUUCUGAGCCACGAAUUUCAAGAUGAGAGUGAAAGCGAUGAGGACACACUAUACACUAACAAACUUUGAGCCAUGACGGCUCCUUCUCCUCCCCUGAUCUGUCCACUGCCCGCAGGCCCACAAGAGGGUGCUCACCUUAACAGCCUGCAGCAUAAUCGUCCAAACCGUUUAAACCCUGAAAACCACCAUGAGAUGCACUUAAAUGCCCUAGUUAAAUCGGGCAACCGUUUUGCACCAUAGUGUAUGCAACUAACCACUGUUCAACCUGCUCUCAACCAGCCUGCUUAUUCAUCUGGGUCUAUAUUAUGCGAGUUCUCCACCCUUUAAAUUGGAAACUGAAAAGCUCCAUCAUUGCAUAAAUCUCAACAGGAUUAUGAAACACUGUGCCUUGUUAGAUUAGUGGUUGCGUAUUGGCUGCUGUUGAAAUGUGUGAAUGAGGAUUUUGUUGUAUAAAUGGAAUCUUCUCCUUUUGCUUGGACUUGAGUCAACAUGAAUUGAUCCAUCUCAAAAUCUGUUUUUCAAGAUUCAUAGACAUCAGUUUUGUUUUGAAAAACAGAUACGGACUGCCAUGUGAUUUCGAUUCUCUUUAUCUACGGUAAUGCAUAGCCAACUGAGUGGUCCAAAACAUUAUCACAAAUUUUUCAUCCAAUUAAAGGGAUAGUUCAUCCAAAAAUGAAAAUUUGUCAUAAUUUACUCACCCUAAUGUUGUUCCAAACCUUACAUUCUGCGUGGAACGCAAAAGAUGCUAUUAGGCAGAAAGACAGCCUCAGUUGGCAUUCACUUUCAUUGUAUCUUUGUUCCCUACAAUCAAAGUGAAUGGUGACUGAGGCUGGAACGACAUGAGGGUGGGUAAAUGAUGACAGAAUUUUCAUUGUUGGGUGAACUGUUCAUUUAAGAUAUUUAAUUUGAGCAUGUAUACGUUUCUCACAGUGACUCAGCAUUAAACGUCUCAGACUGUGAGACUUAUAGUUUGCCAUAAAUAUUAACAGCUUUUCAGACAUACAGGAUUUAGAUUUUUUACAUUAAGCAAUCCCUCAUUUUCCGGACUCUAUUUAUCCAGAAGCACAUUAUUUAUAUAGAUAAUGUAUUGGAUAUGUUGACUGAUAAGCAUGCUCAUCCACUGCCUUGCCAUUUCUCUACCGUUAUUUUGGCUUUCAGGGAUUUGGUGAUGCAUUAAUAACAACUCCAAACCGAGGACAUUAAAGUGUUUAGUUUGUCUGGAUUUUUUCUGUAAUGUUCACUCUUGAAAAUGUCGUCCCUAUUCCAUUCAUUUGAAGUAAUACAUUUAUUUUAGUUUUUACAUCCAUCCAUUGCAAAAUGUAUUUUGCUUACUGUCUCUCAGGCAUCCUAAAAUGAUUGGAAAAAAAUCAGUGCUGUAGAAACUUUUGUUGUUGACAUGGAUAAAUGUUGUGUGCAAUUCAGGAAACAAGAAAAGGAGAAACAUACAUUGUAGAGUUGGAAAGUGCUGAAUGUCUCUGUAUCCUGCAUCUGCAUUUCCAUAAAAUCCACAGUUGCCUGUUUGAUUGAAACACUGAUCAUCAUCUGGGAACAUGCUUAUCUAAUAUUUCUUUUUUAGUGUCCCUGUGUUGUGUGCACCACAGUGAGUUUCUUGAAUGUAAAGAUGAGAUUUUGUUGAGUGUGUGUCAAUAUAGUGUUACUGAGCAAUCUGAAACCAGCAGAGCAACCUGUAAGUACUGCCAACUAUGUGCAGGCAGGUUUUCAGUUCAGUUUGUUUCUGACAAAUUCCUUUUCAGUUUAUGAAUCUGAAACUUUGAUUCCGUUCUCCCCUCUUAAAGUUAAAUAUAAUAAUUGGGAUGGAGAAGAUCAUGUUUUGACCUCAUGCUUUUAAACUAGAAAAGCAAGAAACACCCCAUUAAACACAGCAGGUAUCAAACUUUAAAGGGCUAGUAGUUCAGCCAAAAAUAAAAAUUCAUUUCCUCACCCUCAUGUUGUUCCAAACCAGACUUUUGUCUGUGGAACACGAAAGGAGAUUUUAUAGAAAAAAAGAUGUUAUGAAAGUGCAUGGUGAAUGAGGCUGUCAGUCCCCAACAUUUUGCCUUUCAGAAGAAAGAUGAGUGAGUGAGCGAGUGGUGACAGAAUUGCCCAGACUAUCUCUUUAAUGUUAGAUUUAAAUUUUUUGUAAUUCAUAUCAUGGCUGUUCCAGAUUAAUCAUUCUUACAAGUCAAAUGAGAAUUAUAUUUACAUGAUUUGAUUAGUAAUUGACCCCAUUACAAAUCUGGAUUUGGCUUGAUGUUGAUUGUCAUGCUUGAAUGUAAAUUACUGGGUAUGUUUGAACAAAUGUGUUUAACUUUUGUAUGUUUGUGCUGAUGUUUCCCCCCCCCUUUUUUAUAAAAUAAUGAUUGUAGAUAGUGAAUUGUUGCCAACUACAUGUAAAUUACACAAGUGCAAUUUCUGUCAAGAGUGAAAGAACUGUGCAAAAGAAAUGAAAUGUCUGGUGUCUGAUGAUAUGGGAUAUAAAUAAAACUGAAACUGUUCUGAAU